AUGGCCAUUGCCGGAAAGACUCGAGGCGAGACCACUCCAUGCAUCCAAACACGACGUCUGACUUGCAUGUGGGCACGGAGUACAACAAGGCAGCAAGACAACCAUUACGCGAAUCGAAGGGUCCAGGCACCAUGGAGGCUCAGAGAGGCUCUUGCUGGAGCACCUGCACGAGCUGCGCUAGCAGAGCCGCUUGCCGGCCACGCCCGAGACGACCUCAGCGGGGAGGCAAGUGGAGACUGCCACGCAAUGCUUAGAAGGUACACAAAGACGGAAGUUGCCCGAUCGGGAGAGCCCGCUGGAGUGUCCGCUGGAGUGCCCGCGGGAAUGUGCCCCAUACAAGUCCUUGUUGAAGUUGCCCGACCACCACUCCACCCAGACAAGUCGGAAGAAGACGACGGUGACGAUAGCCAUAGUGCCCCAGUGCUGCCAAUGCGAGACCUGCUUUAG